AUGAAGGCGCUAUCGGGGUCACUGGGAGGUGUAAUGGAGGCGUGCUGCUUACAGUCCAUUGACGUCAUCAAGACCCGUCUCCAGCUGGACCGCUCCGGUUCGUACAAGGGAAUUAUCCACUGCAGCACCAAUAUUACCCGAAAUGAAGGUGUAUGGGCUUUAUGGAAAGGAUUGACUCCUUUUGCCACGCAUUUGACUUUGAAGUAUGCGCUUCGAAUGGGGUCCAAUGCGGUUCUACAAUUGGUGUUCAAGGACUCGCAAACGGGUAACCUCAGUCACCACCGGAGGCUUCUUUCCGGAUUUGGGGCGGGCGUUCUCGGAUCCCUUGUUAUUGUCACGCCAUUCGAGGUUGGUUACUUUUCUUUAUUUAAUUAG